AUGGAGGCUUCGGUUGUCCUUCGCUCUUCCAACAAGUUACUCCUUUUCCCUCGCUACUACUCUCCUCGUAACUUCUUUCGCCUCUUCUCUUCUUCAUCUAAAUCACCACGCUCCUUAUCAUCAUCCUUCACUCCUCGCAAUCUCCACCGUCCGAUUAAUCCCCUCACUUCUUGCUCCUUACUCCGCCGCCGCAGCGGAUUCCUCCCCCUCUCUGCCACGUCCUCCUCCUCCUCUUCUUUUCACUUCAACAAACACCACUUCUCUUCUCUCUCUCCUCACGCCAUCGCAACACAAUACUCUCCAGAUGUUAGUUCCGUGCCUGAUGAGGUUGCGGCGAAAUAUGGAUUUGAGAAAGUAUCAGAGGAGUUUAUUGGAGAGUGUAAAUCAAAAGCUGUGUUAUUUAAGCAUAAACAGACUGGAGCUGAAGUCAUGUCUGUUUCCAAUGAUGACGAGAAUAAAGUUUUCGGCAUUGUUUUUCGCACUCCGCCGAAUGAUUCAACUGGGAUACCACACAUAUUGGAACACAGUGUGUUAUGCGGGUCAAGGAAGUACCCGUUGAAAGAACCAUUUGUUGAGUUGUUGAAAGGAAGUUUGCAUACUUUUCUGAAUGCAUUCACUUAUCCUGAUAGGACAUGCUACCCAGUUGCUUCUACGAAUACAAAGGAUUUCUAUAACUUGGUUGAUGUAUAUCUGGAUGCUGUGUUCUUCCCUAAAUGUGUGGAGGAUUAUCGGACUUUUCAGCAGGAGGGUUGGCAUUUCGAGCUCAACAAUCCUUCAGAAGAAAUAUCUUAUAAAGGUGUUGUUUUUAAUGAGAUGAAGGGUGUUUAUUCCCAACCUGAUAAUAUUUUAGGACGAACUGCUCAGCAGGCUCUUUUCCCAGACAAUACCUAUGGUGUUGAUAGUGGAGGGGAUCCAAAAGUCAUUCCCGAAUUGACGUUUGAGCAAUUUAAGGAUUUUCACAGUAAAUAUUACCACCCCGGCAAUGCCAGGAUAUGGUUUUAUGGAGAUGACGAUCCAACUGAGCGCUUACGCAUCCUGAGUGAGUAUCUAGAUAUGUUUGAUGCAAGUUCAGCUCCAAAAGAGUCAAAGAUUGAGCGACAGACACUUUUUUCAGAGCCUGUCAGGAUUGUUGAGAAAUAUCCGGCUGAUAAGCCCUUAGACUUGGAAACUGAGCUUAUUCUUGGCUUUUUGGAUCAUCUUAUGCUGGGAACUCCUGCUUCUCCCUUGCGGAAAAUCUUGCUGGAAAGCGGUCUUGGAGAUGCCAUUGUUGGUGGUGGAGUUGAAGAUGAGCUGCUUCAGCCACAAUUUAGUAUUGGGUUGAAGGGUGUCUCUGAAGAGGACAUUCAAAAGGUAGAAGAAUUAGUCAUGAGCACACUUAAGAAGUUAGCAGAGGAAGGAUUCGAGGCAGAUGCCGUGGAGGCAUCCAUGAAUACGAUUGAGUUUUCUCUCAGGGAAAACAAUACGGGGUCAUUUCCUCGUGGCUUAUCGCUGAUGCUUCGAUCCAUUAGCAAAUGGAUAUAUGAUAUGGAUCCCUUUGAGCCUUUAAAGUAUGAGAAACCCUUGAUGGCCCUAAAAGCAAGAACAGCUGAGGAGGGUUCCAAAGCUGUUUUUUCUCCUGUAAUUGAGAAAUUCAUCUUGAACAAUCCUCAUCGUGUUACCAUCGAAAUGCAGCCUGAUCCUGAGAAAGCUUCUCGUGAUGAAGCUGCUGAAAGAGAAAGUUUGGAGAAAGUAAAAGCAAGAAUGACAGAAGAAGAUCUUGCUGAGCUAGCACGUGCUACACAGGAGCUGAGAUUAAAACAGGAAACUCCCGACCCACCUGAAGCUUUAAGAAGUGUUCCAAGCCUCUCUCUGCUGGACAUUCCCAAAGAACCCAUACUUGUUCCCAUUGAGGUUGGAGAUAUCAAUGGAGUGAAAGUAUUGAAGCAUGAACUCUUCACAAAUGAUGUCCUUUAUGCUGAAAUUGUCUUCAACAUGAGAUCACUGAAGCAAGAACUUCUUCCUUUGGUGCCCCUUUUCUGCCAGUCAUUGCUUGAAAUGGGCACAGAGGAUUUGACCUUUGUGCAACUUAACCAGUUGAUUGGAAGAAAAACUGGAGGUAUAUCAGUUUAUCCAUUCACAUCAUCCGUUCGAGGCAGGGAGGAUCCAUGCAGUCAUAUAAUUGCUCGGGGUAAAGCCAUGGCAGGUCGUGUGGAGGACUUAUUCAACCUGGUUAAUUGUGUUCUACAAGAAGUCCAAUUUACGGAUCAGCAACGCUUUAAGCAGUUUGUUUCCCAAAGUAAAGCAAGAAUGGAGAACCGUUUAAGAGGCAGCGGCCAUGGAAUUGCAGCUGCAAGAAUGGAUGCAAAGUUAAAUGUUGCAGGAUGGAUCUCAGAACAAAUGGGUGGUGUAAGUUACUUGGAGUUUCUACAAGCUCUCGAGGAGAGAGUCGAUCAAGAUUGGGCUGGAGUUUCAUCAUCUCUUGAGGAAAUCCGUACAUCCUUAUUAUCAAAGAAUGGCUGCUUGAUAAACAUGACUGCUGAUGGGAAAAAUCUGACAAACUCAGAAAAGUAUGUUAGUAAGUUUCUUGAUUUGCUUCCUAGCAGCAAGUCUUCUGUUGAAGCUGCUGCUUGGAAUGCUCGACUUUCCCCAGGAAAUGAAGCUAUUGUGAUUCCUACACAGGUUAAUUAUGUUGGCAAAGCUGCUAAUAUCUAUGACACUGGCUAUCAGCUUAAUGGGAGUGCUUAUGUUAUCUCCAAACACAUUAGUAAUACAUGGUUGUGGGAUCGUGUGCGUGUUAGUGGUGGGGCAUAUGGAGGGUUUUGCGAUUUUGAUACUCACUCAGGAGUGUUCUCCUUCUUAUCCUAUCGCGAUCCCAACUUGUUGAAGACACUUGAUGUAUAUGAUGGAACUGGUGCUUUUCUACGUGAAUUAGAAAUGGACCAUGAUACUCUUUCUAAAGCAAUUAUUGGGACUAUUGGAGACGUGGAUUCAUACCAGCUGCCAGAUGCCAAAGGUUAUAGUAGUUUAUUGCGGUAUUUAUUGGGAAUCACGGAAGAAGAACGGAAAAAGAGACGGGAAGAAAUAUUGUCAACCAGUUUGAAGGACUUCAAGGAAUUUGGGGAGGUAAUCCAGGCUGUUAAAGAUAAAGGGGUUUCAGUUGCUGUGGCAUCUCCAGAGGAUGUUGAUGCUGCAAACAAGGACCGUUCUAACUAUUUUAAUGUGAAGAGAGCCCUUUAA